AUGCCUAGUCGCGUUAUCAAAAAGCUCAUUAUCUGCACCGCAUUGAUGAUCAUUGCUCCAUUGCUCACCUUUUUCGUGAGCAGGGCAGUGUUCAGCAACUCCAUCGUGUCAGGAGGCUUGGCGGCCUUAGUGGCCAACAUCGUGUUGAUUGGCUACGUGAUUGUUGCGUUUAAUGAGGAUAUUGACAAGGAUUCGAAAGAAAAGAAGGAAGAGUGA